AUGCACAAAGAUACAGAGACCUUGCCGGACAGCAAGCCAAAUGAUCGAGAAAUGAUUUCAGAUCAGAUUCGCCCUGAGACACCGCCCGAGAUUGGUGACUCGGUAGAGAUCAAGAAUGCUUACAUUGGGUCCAACGGUCAACACCCAUUCAGCGAUCCGGAUGACGCACGUCGCUGGGCAAACAUCUACGAAGAAGCUCAGUAUGAGGGUCGGCACCGCUUCGAUCCAUCGUAUCAAUGGGAUGUGCCUACCGAGAAGCGACUCAUUCGCAAGCUGGACCUUCGAAUUAUGGUUUGGGUCUGGAUCAUGUUCUCUUCUCUUGAUCUCGUCCGCAGGAACAUCAACCGAGCCAUCUCGGACGAUAUGCUUUCAGAGCUCAAUAUGGACACGAAUGAUUUCAACAAUGGCCAAACUAUCUACUUGGUCUCUUUCCUGGCCGCCGAGCUACCUGGAGGUCUGCUGAGCAAGGCCAUUGGGCCCGAGAACAUGACACCGAUUGCCAUUGUCGCGUGGGGAUUGGUAUGCGCCUGUCAGAGCCUGCUCACGAAUCGCACCGGCUUCUACAUUACACGAGCGCUAUGCGGCUUCUCUCAAGGCGGGUUUAUUCCUGAUAUGGUGUUAUACUUGACCUACUACUACAAAAGCAACGAGCUUCCCAUAAGGCUGUCGGUGUUCUGGACAGCCAUCCCGGUGACGCAGAUCUAUGGAGCACUUCUCGCGGCUGGACUGCUGCAGAUGAGGGGCCUGCACGGUUGGAGUGGGUGGCAAUGGCUAUUUCUCGUCGAAGGCCUUAUCAGCAUAGCUAUAGGGGUGCUAAGCUUCUGGAUGAUGCCUGCCAGUGUCACUGAGACUCACAAGAUUCUACGUGGAAAAGCUCAGUGGCUCAACGGCAAGACCGGCUGGUUCACUGAGGAUGAGGAGAAGGUGCUGGUCAACAGGCUUCUGCGCGAUGACACCUCAAAAGGCACAAUGCACAACCGCCAACAUGUUGAUCUGCGAGGCAUCUUAGCCGCAGUCACCAACACUGACCUAUGGCCACUUUACCUGCUUGGCUUCCUAGCCUUCAUACCUUUUCAACCCGCCGCAAAUUACCUGUCUCUCACCCUUCGAACCUUGGGAUACUCUGUGUUUGAAGCAAACAUGCUUGCAAUUCCCGGAUAUACUCUUUUCUUCAUAAAUAUCCUGGUGGUUACCUGGAUGAGCGAGAGGUAUCGCGAACGACUGCUGUUCUCUUCGCUCUCUUGCCUCUGGGUGCUACCGUUCUUCAUCGGGCUGCUUGCAAUCUCUAGGAGUGCAAGCCCAUGGGUUCGUUAUGCACUGCUUACCGGUGUCAAUGGAGAGCCGUACACACACGCCAUCCUUGUUGGGUUAAUAUCUCGCAAUGCUAAUAGCGUGGCCAUCCGUGCCGUAUCCGCCGCCGUCUACAACAUGUGUUAUCAGUUUGGUUCCAUCGUUGCUGUCAAUGUCUAUCGCGAAGAAGACAGACCUUACUACUACCAAGGCAACAGGAUUCUUAUCGGCAUCGCUUGUGGCAGCAUCGCUAUCUUCGUGGCAGCCAAGUACUAUUACAUCAAGCGCAAUGAACAAAAGGACCGAGAGUGGAAAGCCAUGAGUGCCGACGAGAAAUCUCAGUAUCUGUCUACAACUCGCGACACAGGCGCGAACAAGAAAGAUUUCCGAUUCGUGCAUUAG